AUGCUGGAGAUCAAACUAGUCGUGUUUGUGUAUUUCCCCAAGCACAUGAAAUUGGGUGUGCUGGUGACCAGUGCGGAUUGCAUAGAGCUCUACAGCAUAACAGAGGAUGGGAACAUCAGGUUUGACAUGUCUGGGUUCACUGCUCUAGCCCGUCCCUCCCCCAUCUCCAUCGGAACAACCCAGCCCAGUCUUCGUGCUGGACCAGAAGGAGAAGUCUGUAUUGGCCGACAUGGAUUACAGGACCUGCCUCCAUUUUCUGCACAAACCUAGCGUCAAGAAGAUGCACGAAAAUGGUGCUGUGUGUAAGAGCCAGGAUAGCUGUGUGUCUCUUCUAAGUGAUGCUGAGUUUGUGUACGCAGGCAGUACAUAUUAUGUAGAUUACAACCAACAACACUGCAAAUGUCAGCAAGCAGGAGAGCAGCCUGGUGGAGAUGCAUCAGAAGAUCUUCCACCACCUUAAGGGAACCCUGCUCAACCUGGUGGCUCUCAAAGUUUUAUCACAUCAGCACCACCACUGAGUACCUCUUUAUGCACUCCCUCUGCGUGAACCGGGAGGGCCAAACCGGUAUUGCUACCAUCACCUUCGGCAUCGAGGACGACCUCAAGAAGGGCGUGGGGGCCCCUGGGAAUAUGGAGGUGUGGAACCUGUUCGGGGCCAGUUUGGUGGAGUGCCUGGCCAAGUGGGGCCUGAGUCCCGAGAGCCUGAGGUUCUCUGGUAACACAUUGAGUUGAAGUCUUUGGAACACCUGUCUCUUCCCUGUGUGCCCGGACAUGCGCGACUCGUUCUGACUCUGGAGAUGCUGCAGCCGGGCGGGUCCACUGUCACAUUGCCCCCAGGCACCAAGCUGAUGUCUCUACAGGAGGCCCUGCAAAAAAACCUGGAGGAGAUGCUUAAGUACAGGAAGAAACUAAUGGAGGAUGUAGAGAUGAAGAAAUGGAGCUGA